AUGGAUAUACAUGUAUUCCCCAUCCCGGUCCCCCCUCCCACCUCCCUCUCCACCCGAUCCCCCUGGGUCUUCCCAGUGCACCAGGCCCAAGCACCUGCCAGACUCACUAUUUCAAGACUGCACAUCAGUGUGCUAACUGAAAGUGCUGUUCACAAUAUUUUGCAAGCUUUUAUUUUCCAAUUAGGUGUGGUGUUUCUUGUGAUCAGUUGCUUCAACUGUGUCCAACUCCUUGCAACCCCGUGGACUGUAGCCACCACCCCCCCCCCAGGCUCCUCUGUCCAUGGGAUUCUCCAGGCAAGAUUACUGGAGUGGGUUGCCAUUGCCUUCUCCAGGCGAUCUUCCUGA